AUUUAGGUUGCCACAUGCCACAGCGACACUGCGACAGCAUAAUGACAGGCAAGAGUAAGCUUGAGAAUGGCACAAGCAGCCCCUCUAAGGUGGAUGCUCGGGCAUUUGAGAAGAAGUUCUGCUCCCUGCGGGACACAGCGGAAGAUAUUCAGAACAUAUCCCGGUGGUGCAUCCAUGCCAAGGCAAAUCACAGCUCCUUGGUACAUGCUUGGCUCAAGGCUCUCAAGAAAGCCAAAGUAAGUCACAGGUUAACACUGUUCUACGUCUCCAAUGAAAUUGUACAGAAUGCCAAGCGCAAGAAGAUCAUGGCUCUUGUGAAGGAAUUCUUCUCUGCCAUCAAGGAAGGCACUCCACUCGUCAGAGAUGACAAGAUACGUCCGAAAAUCGUUCGUAUCUUCAGCAUCUGGGAGGAGCGAGGUGUCUAUGACCAGAAGAUGAUUGCAGAGUUGACGGCAGCACUAAAGUCUACGGAAGCAGCUCCUUCCUCAGACUCUGAUGUUGCUUUUGCCAACUUCCAGCCACAUCAGCUGGUGGAGUCGCUGCGGACGGUGCUGGCGCUGGAGAGCACAUCAGACUCGCUGCUGGGCGACCUCAACUCUCAGAACUGCGUCCCUGGACAGGCCUACAAGAGCUUCGGUGGGCGCGUCAAGUCGCUGCAGGUGAAGCUGCUGGAGAAGCUCAAGCGUCUGCCUGAAGAGGAAGGGUCGCCGCUCCUUGAGCCGCCGUCGCCGUCCACUGUGCCUUCCCCGCUGCCAUCCCCUGAACUGUCGUCCCCGCACUCCGACGACGACCUCAACGCCACCCGCGACACAAGUUCAGACUGCAUCUCGUCGCGCCCCACGGACCUGGACACCAGGCUUGCGGCGCUUGGCGCCUCCCACCUCACCAUGCUCAACAACGCGGACAUAAGCAGCUCUGUGCUGGACGGCUCAUCUCCCACACGAGACCUCUCUCCUCUCCCCGCUUCCCAAUCUCCUUACGAAGACCCUGCCGACUCCCACGCCAAAUACCCCAGCGAUCCUUCUGCAACUGAAAAGGAUCGCAUCUCCGAUUCUCUUGAGUUCAUUCCUCCAAGCUCAGGAUAUUCUUUUUCAAACUCGUACAGCUUCCACGAGUCUGAAAUAAAUUCUAUAAAUGAGCUACCUGCUUUCCCGCCCCCGUCAGCAGGAGCUGGUGGCACGAGCAGCAUCGCCUACAGCAGCACCUCCACCAUCGAGAUAGACCUCACUGGCAUCGACGUUCUUCGCUCAAACUCCACCCCAGAAAAAUACGAGCAAACCAGCCGCUCCUAUGAUUAUUAUAGCUCGGCUAAAGGCUCCUCUGCGGAUAAAUCCAGCAACAGUUCUUAUGACGAGUACUCGAGCCGCGGUAAAGAGUACGCAGCAUCAGAUCGCCGGAGCAGCGUAAACGAGUAUGCAAGUAAUGAGAAAGUUUACUCUGACCAUGCCAGUGAUUACACGAGUUCAUCCAAAGGAUAUCCUGGCAACAGUUCGAGCCACUCGUUGCGACCUAGUGACUCGUCCAGCAAGGAUUAUUCGAGCAGCACCACUUCUCGCGACUAUUCAAGCAGCAGCAAGGAACACGGGAGUAGCUCAAAGGACUACAGCCGUGAGUACAGUCGAAGUUACAGCAGCAGAGAGUACAGUCGUGAGCGCAGUAAAGAACGUCACCGCCACAGCAGCAGCAGCAGCGCGCUGCGAGGCAGCACCAGCGGGGCCAUGCGGGAGCGAAGCAGUAGCACCAGCGAGAAGGAUCAUGCUGUAGGCCGCGAUCACUCCUCCAGCAGCUCCAAGCCCCAUUCGUCUGCUGCUCGGGAUUAUGGCUCGAGGAAUCACACCUCUAGCAGCUCCAAGGACCACACGUCCAGCACUUCUAAAGACUACACAUCAAGCAGCUCCAAGGACCACUCAUCAAGCAGCACAAGAGAACACAGUUCAAGGGACUACAUUGCAAGCAGCUCGCGGGACCACACGUCCAGCAGUUCGCGACUCUCCAGCUGCUUCAUUUGCCUAGAAAAUUUGACAUCUCAUUGA